UGAUUGGCGUUGCCACGAGGAGGUCGUCCAAGCAUGUAUAUAUGCAUAAAUGCAUAAAAUACGUAUAUAAAACAUUAAGGAUUUGCGCAAAACUUGAAUCUCUGUUAAAUAACAGAGCUCUGUUAUACCACAUAACGUGAAGUUGGCUGCACGGAAUGUCAGGGUUGCUAGAUCGUUUCAUUGCUAAUAAGCGACAGUUUUGGCGCGAGUUUUUGAAGCUCUAUGAGGAAAUGCCGGAGCUUUGGGAUGUGCGCCAUCCGGAUUAUAGAAAUAAAGAAUUAAGGAACCAAUCAUACGAUAUUCUACAUAAUAAGUUAAAAGUGAUUCAGCCAAAUGCAUCGAAGACAGAUGUUGGACGUCGUAUCAACAUUUUUCGUACAAACUAUAGACGGGAACAGAUGCGCAUUUGGAGACAGCAAGAUUUGGGACUGCAUUCUGAAUUGUGCAAGCCCGUAUUAUGGUUCUACGAUAAUAUGAGCUUUCUGCUCACCCAAGAGUCUUUCCAGCGUAGAGCCAGGAAAACGCGCUGUAAGCCCGGCGUUAAAGGAAAGUCAAUGUCAGACUUUAGAUUCGAUGCUAUGAUGGAUCCAUUGGACACAGGCUCGACAAUAACAGCUUUACCAAAAUUAACAAACAGCUCCGAUACGACAGCAGCAGAGUUUACCGAAAGCUUGCUGCUCAGCCCGAAGAUCGAAAUAUUUGAAAAUGAACUGGAUGCAAUGGAUACCGAGGGAAUAGUGCCAAAUGAUGCCAUCAAGGCAGAUAAUGCCGAUACCAGCGCUUCAGAAUUCAAUGAGCCAGCCAGCUCUACAUCAACCACAUUGACUGUUAUGAAGAGCUCCGCGUCCCAGCAGUCAAAUGUACCUUUAAGCGAUGCCUCCGAAACACUUGCCAAAUCCUGGGCUAUUCAGUAUGAGGAGAUGGCGCCGACACAGCGUAUUCUGGCACGAAAAGCCAUCGCGGACAUCCUAUUCGAGGGCUGCAUGGGAAAUUUACGUGUUAAUCGCGGCGAAUCGCGCUUAACCGUGGAUAAUUAUUUGUAAACAUACUCUGACUGCAGUUUGUAUUGUGCAUAACUGAAACUAUUUGUUAAUAUUUUAUAAAAGAGGAAAAGUCUUAUUGUAAAGCUUGUCCAUGAUCUUAAUGCUUUUCGACUAUAAAUGCAUGACGAAAAUUUUCUAAACCAAAGAACUUAUUAAGCUGUCAUCAAAUUUGUUGCAGAUGUCACAGUUUUCAAGUUGUACGUUAACUUCUGUGAAAUC